CGUUGAUGAUCUAUUGGUAACAGCUGGAAAGGAUUCUGAUGAUCAAUUGGUGCCAAACUCAGGGGCAGAUGCGCGCGAUGGUGGAGUGGUUUGAGUGGCCGAUGACAAGAAGAAAAUGGCAAGCUUAAUAAGGUUUUCCCAAAUCCUCUGCCUUUCCUUCAUGUUGUUACGGUUUCGAGUCCAAAGCGCCUCACCUUCUCAAUCUUCUCCCCAUUCAUCACCACAUUUGUGCCGUCCUGAAGAGCGUUCUGCAUUGCUUGAUUUCAAAAGCACUACUACUAAUUUGACGGAAUACUGUGAUGAUCCUAGUCAUAUAAUACAAACUUGGGACGAGAGUAAAGACUGCUGCUUGUGGAAGGGCAUCACAUGCGACAAGGUGAAAGGUCACGUGAUUGGCCUUGAUCUUAGCUGGAAUUGUCUUAAAGCCAAUCUAACUGCAAAUAGUAGUCUCUUCCGCCUUGAGAAAUUGCAGAGCCUCAACCUUUCUGGCAAUUAUUUUCAUUAUCCUAACAGCUCAUUUGGGCUCAACCGUUGGAAGAGUUUGACAGAUCUUAAUCUUGAAUCUUCAGGAUACAUGUAUGGCUCUCUCCUAUUUGAUGAGAUCUUCUUGCUACCGAAAUUGGUUUCACUCGAUCUCUCUGGUAAUGAUGGUUUGCUUCUUGACAACAUAAAGUUUCAAAUGCUUGUGCAUAACUUAACAGAAUUAAGGUUUCUUAUCCUUGAUACUGUGAAUAUGUCUCUGGUUGUGCCUUCUUCCUUGCUAAACUUGACUUCUUCCUUGGAGCAUCUGAGCCUUAGGUCUUGUAAUUUGCAAGGAAACUUUCCAAACCAAGUUUUUCAGCUAACGAAAUUGGUUUCACUCGAUCUCUCUGGUAAUGAUGAUUUGCUUCUUGACAACAUAAAGUUUCAAAUGCUUGUGCAUAACUUAACAGAAUUAAGGUUUCUUAUCCUUGAUUCUAUGAAUAUGUCUCUGGUUGUGCCUUCUUCCUUGCUAAACUUGACUUCUUCCUUGGAGCAUUUGAGCCUUAGCAAUUGUAAUUUGCAAGGAAACUUUCCAAGCCUAGUUGUUCAGCUAACGAAAUUGGUUUCACUCGAUCUCUCUUUUAAUGAUGGUUUGCUUCUUGACAACAUAAAGUUUCAAAUGCUUGUGCAUAAUUUAACAGAAUUAAGCUAUUGUAAUUUGCAAGGAAACUUUCCAAACCAAGUUUUUCAGCUUCCAUCUCUCCGGCUUCUUGAUUUAAGCAGAAACUCUCAAUUAGGGGGUAAUUUGCCCGAGUCAAACCAGAGUAGUACCCUCGAGUAUUUGUAUCUUUCAUACACAACCUUCUCAGGAGAGCUGCCUCAUUCAAUCGGAAAUCUUAAACUCCUUAAGGAAUUGUAUCUCUAUCAAUGUCAAUUUUAUGGAUCAAUUCCUGGAUCUCUUGCAAAUCUUACAGAGAUAACUCACCUAGAUUUUUCUUCCAACCAUUUGCGAGGGCAAAUACCAAAUGUUUUUGGAAAAAUGCACAAGCUAACUGAUUUGAAAUUAGAUGAAAACAAUUUUGGUGGUGAAAUUCCUGCAUCAAUCUUCAACCUCACCCAUCUUACUUUUUUGUCACUAUCAUCAAAUAAGCUGUUAGGUCGUGUACCAUCUUGGUUGUUUUCUCUGCCUUCUUUAUCCUAUUUAGACCUCCAAAACAACAGCCUUACUGGACCUAUUGAUCAUGUUGAGAUGCCCAGUCUCAUUUUAAAAGAAGUCCAUUUGUCCAAUAAUGAGAUAAAUGGUUCCAUUCCUAGCUCCUUCUUUGAUCUUGUGCAUCUUACUGUAGUCAACCUUUCUUCAAAUAACUUAACUGGCACCAUUACACCCGACAUGCUUUCGAAGCUUGUAGACCUUGAGGAUCUUGAUCUUUCCCAUAACAGUUUGCUGUCUUUGAGCAAUAAUGGCACUGCUGUCAACUAUUCCUUUCCGAACCUCUUGUCUUUAAAAUUCUCUUCUUGCAACAUACACAAGUUCCCCAGUUUCUUAAGGAAGGCAGAGAAAUUGCAAGAAUUGGAUAUUUCCAAUAACAAGAUUUCUGGUCAAAUUCACAAAUGGGAAAUAGAAGGGAUGUCAUUGGGUACAUUAAACCUUUCUUAUAACUUCUUGACUGGUAUAGAUUCAUUUGGUUUUGGAAAUCUUCAAGAUGUUGACCUUAGAUCCAACUUACUACAAGGAUCACUUCCCAUUCUAUCAACAACUAGGGAUUAUAUGGCACAACUCCUCAUUUCAGAGAAUAAUUUGACUGGCGAAAUCCCUUCUUUUUAUUGUAAUUUUACUUAUUUGCAAGUUCUAGUCUUAGCAAAUAAUAGGUUGGGAGGAAAAAUUCCAGAAUGUCUUACAAACUUGAGUAAUCUCCUCAUCUUAGAUCUGCGGAUGAAUAAGUUCCAUGGUAGGAUUCCAAAUUUAUUUGUCAACAACAGUCUCUUGUUAACUCUCAGCCUAAAUGACAACCAGUUGGAAGGGAUACUGCCACGGUCUUUGGUUAAUUGCAGUUACUUGGAAAUUCUAGAUGUGGGGAACAACAACUUGAAUGAUACCUUUCCACAUUGGUUAGGUGUUCUUCCAUUGCUAAAGGUUCUCAUCCUUCGGUCUAAUCAAUUUCAUGGUGUCAUUAGCAAUUCUGUGCCUGCAUUUUACUUCCCUCAGUUGAGAAUCAUUGAUGUCGCACAGAAUGAUUUUAUGGGUCUCUUACCGGGUAACUAUUUCAAAAUUUUGAAAGGGACAGAGAGGGAGCUUGCAAGGAUCUUGAAAAUUUUCACAACUAUAGAUUUCUCGGGCAAUCAAUUUCAUGGACCGAUUCCUGAAGAGCUGGGAGAACUCAAUUCACUUUUAUUGCUAAACUUAUCUCACAAUAGUCUCAGUGGUCAAAUUCCAUCAUCAUUGGGGAAAUUAGUAGAACUUGAAUCAUUAGAUCUCUCCUCAAACAAGCUAGAAGGCAGGAUUCCAGAGCAAUUGACAAAGCUGACGUUUCUAUCAGUUUUGAAUCUUUCACACAAUGAACUUGUGGGCCACAUACCUGAAGGGAAGCAGUUUAGUACUUUCUCAAAUGAUUCCUACAUUGGAAACUUUGGGUUGUGUGGAUUCCCAUUGACAAAGAAAUGCAAAGAACCAAGACCACCUUCAUCACAAUUUUAUGAAGAAGAUGACUCUAUAGUAGUCUUUGAGUGGAAGUUUGCAUUGGCAGGCUAUGGGUGUGGACUAGUGUUAGGACUUAGUCUGGGAUACAUUGCCUUCACUACAGGAAAACCAUGGUGGGUAGUGAAGAAAGUGGAGAAAUAUCAACAAAAAUUAGUUGGAAGGUGCAACCAAAGUUAUAAGCAGAGAAGAAUCCAAAAACCCAACCAAUGCUUUUAAGUGCAAGCUGGUGCCGUUGAUUUCCUACUUCCGGGCAGAUCUGGCAACAGUUGCUUCUUGAGCUUGUUUCCAUCUUUUUCAUGUUCAUUGUUGAUAUGUAGUUGUAUUGACUUGUGUGGGAAUUAUGGUUAUGUAUGAAUUUGUGUUCAUGUCUUUUGUAUUUCUAUUUGCUCUGAAAGUAGUUGCUUCUGUAUUUUUUUUGGUGUAAUUUGUUUCUUUUUGAUGUUAUUUACCUCUGCAUAUUUUCUUCUCUCUUUCUUUGUUUUGGCUGUCUUUGAACGAUGCAUUUUAUUGAAGUAAAAGGUAAAAUUGUUU